AAGAGUAACUAAUAAUAUAUUCUCUGAUUUCAAGAUGAAAUAACUUCGAUUUAUUUCGACAUUCACCUAUGCGCAGAUGAAAAAUGUAGUUUACAUUCGUAAAAAUCAGACUCACAAGGGGCUAAUCAAUCUGGCUAUCUUAAGAAAGUGAAAUUUAUAAAAUUGUAAGUUUCAUAAUUUCUGUAUUUGCAUCCCAUUUCUCGCCCUGUAUAUUUGUAACAAAGCACAAGUUCUGGCAUUGCAAACCUCCAAUCCUAUAGCAACCACUGCCAAUGUAAUUCAAAAUAAAAAAUUUGUGGUUAAGUUAACUUUUUUAACUAAUUAAUUUACAAAGUACGAUGCUGCGAAAUGUGUUAUUAAACAACUUUAAAACUCUACAAAGAAUAUCUAUUAGAAGUAAAAGUGAACCAGCAGUAAAUAUAACAGAACUAGAACGCCAAGAAACUUCCUUCGAUGUUGUAGAUGACGAAGCUCAAAUACGGGAAAAGAUAAUAGAGGAUAAACGAAACAAAUCGAGAUUAAAGCCACAACAUCGUAACAUUCUUCAAGAUGAAGUCCCAUACGCAAAUCCUACUUCAUGGGUUCACGGUACUUUAAGAUAUAAUCGUACAAUGUACGGGCGGUAUGGCAGCAAAAGUGGCUUUAAUACUUCCCUAUGUUGGCCUACCAAAGAAGAAUUGGCAGAAAAAAGAGAAUAUGAACGAAUGGCUCACCCAUUUACUAUUCAGCAAAUGGUUGAAGAGGCAAAACAGAAAAAAUUGGAAAAGGAAAUCCGAAUACAAACACGGCAAGAAGACAUUAUUAAAAAAAUGGAAAAGUUGGAGCAGUGGAAAUUGGAUUUAAAAAGGAAAAUCGAGAAGAAGGAAUCAGAGGCUUUGGCUGCCAAGCAGAAGAAAGAUCGACUUAUUGAUGAAGUGAGGAGACAUUUUGGAUAUUCCAUUGAUCCAAGAGAUGAGAAGUUUAAGGAAUUAUUAGCACAAAAAGAGAAAGAACAACAGAAAGCUACAAAGCAAGCUAGGAAGAAGGCCAAAGAAGAAAAAAUGCUGGCUACUAUUCUGGGAAAAGCUAAAGCGGCAGAGAUGUCAGAUGAUAAGAGUGUGGAGAGUACAAAACCCAGUACAGACUAAUUGUUAAAUAUAUUGUAUCUCAUUAAAAAUUUGAAUUGUUA